UUAUUUUUACCGUGAAACUUGUAAACAACAUUAAAUUGGAGCAAGCAGAAGUGAGAAUUAAAAACUCCAGUCUUGCCAUGGAUAUAAAUCAGAAAUCUGUUCCUCUUCAUGACACGAACGAGGCCAAACCAGAAACUAACAAUGAAGAAAAAUCUGAAAAAUACAGACGAACCAUCGGCCGAUUCCGCAUCAUGGUGCUCGCAGCAGGGAUAAUAAUAAUCUUCCUAAUAAUCAUAGUUAUAGUUGUGGGUGUCAUGAAGAAAAUGGAACAGAAAAUGCCUCCGCCAUGUUCCUCUGGUCAGACAGUUGAUCUAUCAGAACCAAUAGAUCCAUCAAUAUUUCAUGAUUUAACUUCCAGGGAAGUGGAAGGAGUGAUGGAAUUCCUAUAUGAACAAAAAGAUCUUAAUUUGACAAGACCUGCAAGUAUCAAAGUGAGUUCAUCUUACAUUUUUACUGCAGAACUCCAUCUACCUGACAAGGCAGAUGUCACUUCUUUUCUUGAUAGUCGCUCUGGAAAGAAACCACCUAGACAGGCAAAGGUGAUAAUUUUUCGGGGAGACUUACUCAAACCAAAAAUUAUGGAAAUAAUCGUCACUCCACUCCCUUAUCCCACACAUUACACGAUCUGGAAGGACGACAUUCCUUUCCAGUACCGCCCUAUUACUGGUCCAGAUUAUGGUGGUGCAUUAAUGAAAAUCACCCAGGAGACUGAACUAAAUGCGCGAAAACUUUUGCAAGAGAGCUUUGGUGGUUCAUUACUAUUUUGUGGCAAAAAAUGUCUUACUUAUAAAUAUGUAACAGUUAUGUCAUCUGCAGUCAGUGGACGAGACAGACGUCUAUACUGGUUUUGGGUGUCUCAGUUUGUAGAAUUUUACAUUCUCCACCCUGUUGACUUCGCUGUGUUAGUCGAUAUGGACGAUCCAGAUUAUUCCAUUGAGAAGGUAUGGUACAAUGAGCAAACAUUUGUCUCCCUGGACUCUCUUGUGAAAGAAUACAAUGAAGGCAAACUCAAAAAGAUAUCUAUACCUUUUCCGGAUCUGUCUGAGACUCUGUUCUCCAGGUUGUACAGGCGAGGUAAUGCGUUUCCACAAACGUCACAGGAUCCACCCAUUCCUAUACAACCAGACGGUCGUAGAUACGUUGUAAAAGGUCAACACGUGAAAUACAUGAACUGGGAAUUUGACUUCAGAAUGUCUAGUACUCAUGGCCCACAACUCUAUGAUAUUCGUUACCAAAACAAGAGAAUUGUCUAUGAACUUGCUCUUCAGGAAAUAGGUGUGUUUUACUCUGGAUAUGAACCUACGCAGAUGUUUGCAAAUUACUUCGAUUCGUCUGUUCUGAUUGGUCCUCAGGAUAAGGGGUUAGUCCCUGGUGUUGACUGUCCCUCGCAUGCCACAUUUAUGCCCGCUUCCCACGUAUUGGAAUCCUCUGAAAAAAUAGUUACCUUCAAAAACGCCUUCUGUGUUUUCGAAUUUAACACAGGAAUGCCGCUUCGAACACACCAUUCUUCCUCUCCUUUCCAAGGUGCAUUUUACGAAGGACUUUCCAAUACUGUUCUUAUACUGAGGUCAAUCCUUUCAGUGGUCAAUUACAGCUAUCUUCUGGACUUUAUAUUCUACCAUACCGGAGCCCUGGAAGUUAAAAUAGUGUCAACAGGUUACAUACUUGCCAGCCCUUUUACAGCCAACGCCUCAAACAUUGGGGUACAGGUAAGCGACAACAUCAAGGGUAACAUUCACCAUCAUAUGUUUAGCUACAAAGUAGAUAUAGACAUUGAAGGUCUUCAAAACCGCUAUAGAACUCUGGACAUUUCCACAAAGGCCUUUGCCAACCGCUUCAAUCCAGACCCUAAUGCAAAAAUUGUCCAGGGUCAGUUCGUGGUUUCUGAGAAGGAGACCGAAAGCGAAGCUGCAUACAAGUUUAAUUUUGAUACCCCAAAGUAUCAUUUGUUUUACAACAACUUGAAAAAUAAUAAGUUUGGUGUUCCACGAUCGUAUAGGCUACUGAGUCGAGGAAUGAGUAAACAACUGUUACCAGAAGGCGAGGGAAACGAACCGGCCAUGGCUUGGAUGCGAUAUCAAAUGGCAGUCACAAAACGGAAAGAAAAUGAAAGAAUAUGUAGUUCCAUAUAUAGUGCAUUGGACGCCAAAUCACCUGUUAUUAAUUUUGAGGACUUCUUGAGAGAUGAUGAAAGUAUUGUCGACGAGGAUUUGGUAGCUUGGGUGAGUAUGGGUGUACAGCACAUCCCCCAUACAGAAGAUCUUCCAGUGACCCACACCCCAGGAAUGGACCUUAGUUUCUUCCUGUUACCAUAUAAUUAUUUCCAAGAAGAUCCUGCAAUGGGAUCACGUGAUUCCGUGAGGAUAGAACCAAACAUAUACAAUAAUCCUAGUAGUGGAGUAAAAGUGACCGGAUUUGAUAAAGAGGAUCUACAAUGUAAACCCCCUGUAAAUGAGUAUCAACAGGUUGUAGAAGCUGAUCCGGGUAUUUUGUUUGAAAUCUAAGGAAAACAUGUCAAAACAUGUUUUGUGAGUCGUCUUUGUAAAUUGAGAAUUGUUUUGGUGCGAAUAUUUUGCUUGAAAAAAAGAAAAGAAAAUCAGUGGGUACGUGUAUUUAGAUUUUAACUCAAUCCCCAGCAGCAGUAAUAAAUGAAGAGUCGUU